CUUCGUUUUCUCCUUGUCUGUUUGCCUGCCUGCGCUGUAUCUGGACGCCGUACUCCGUGCUUGUAUCUCGACUCAUUCGCUUUGUCGAGUUGGCUGUGCCUGCUACACACAUCCCUCCCUUCCUCCCUGUACAUUACCCUCGCUGUCAACUCGCCAAAACCCCCCUACACGCCGGUCGCUUCCCUCGUCCUGUUUGAACCUUGAUGGCAACUUCCCAAUCUGCAUGACGCCCUCCAAUCUUUCGUUCGGUCCACCAAAAUCAACCCCAAUUUCCUCCUACACGUCGUCUUCUAUCACGACCACCACCAUCGACUCUCGCUCUAGUAGCUGCGCGCCUCCUCACCUUCAGUCGCUCGUUUAGGCCUGUUACUAUUUUACCAUCCCAUCGACAACCCUCUCUCGAUCGAUCGAACCCGAAAUCUUAUGACCCGAAGACUCACUAUCACUGGCAGCCGCUCCGAGAUGGGCUUGCUUGAAGACUCGCCUGUUGAGCCCGAGACACCUCCCCCAAGCUGGUCACCCGCCAGACACGACCUUUGGAAGAAGCCUUCAAGAUGGCAGAUUUGUAUGCCUCGGUUGCGGAUGGUGCUCAAAGUAGCAGCCACGUUCGUCGGCAUCAUAAUUCUCAUCAAGAUAAUGAGUGCAACACCUCCGCCCCCGCCACCCGAGCCCGCCCCAGAAAUCCCAGAAGUCCCCGAAGUACCAGAGGUCCCCGAGAUCAUAGAAAUCCCAGAAGUCACGGAGCCUCCACCCCCUCCGCCGACCGAGGAUGAAAUGAUGGAAAUGACAAUGGAGAAUGCAAAGAAAGAGCAAUGGAUCUGGAGAGACUUUACAACGCAUGACGGUUUGACGCGUGGAACGUCACACUUGCGCGCUUGUGAGACCGGUGAAAUCGAUUGCAAAAAGACGAGUCCCCUCCUCGUUCGCUAUGAUGGCUAUCGGGCAUUCCAAGAACCUGUGGAACACAUUGUCUCCUGCGUUGGUCCGCGUGGUGUGCCAUUGAACGAGAGCUAUGAGGACGCCAUUUGGGCGUAUCCAGGUCAAGCAAACGGUGCUGUUGAGCCUAGCCUUGGCUCGUAUGAGGCAUCCGGCUUGGAUGGAAGUGUAUCCUUUGAUCGUGUUGGUCGCUUCCAGGCUUAUGGAAUCGACCAGUGGGAUGCAACCGACGUCGAAGAGAUGAAGAAGAUGAGCGACGUCGACUGGGACAUGGUUGACUGGGGUGAAUUGCAGGACGGCUGUGCCGUCGCCAACAAGCUCCGGUUUCGACCCUUCAAGGAGCGCCCUGCGAAUUCGAUUCAGUAUUCCAAUCUUCGACACAAACACGACAAAUCCUCGUACAAACCCCUCUCCUCAACUCUGGAACCCGGCAUGGUCAACAAGGCAAAACGCACCGCGAUUCUGAUUCGUGUUUGGACUGGCGCGAAGUGGACUGCCGACGCCGUAAUGAACAUUCGUGCAAUGAUUGCAGAGGCCUCUUUGGCCAGCGGAGGGAAGUAUCAGGUGUUUCUUCUGCUUCAUGUCAAGGACGAAAAUGUCCCACUCUUCGUCGGCGAGGAUGAGCCGCGAGCAACGAUCGAGAAGCACAUCCCACCUGAGUUCCGGUCCAUGACAGAAGUCUGGAACCACGCUCAAAUUCGGGGCUUGUAUUCCAACUUGGCUGAACAUGCUUUUGUUGGCCGGUCGCCCUGGAUGAUCAUCCAAUGGUUCGCGCGCAACCACCCCGAGUUCGAUUUCUUUUACCAAUGGGAGUUUGACGUGCGGUAUACCGGCCACUAUUUGGACUUUUUCGAGGCUGUCGAAAAUUUUGGACGCAAUCAACCACGAAAGGGCAUCUGGGAACGAGCUGGCAGGGUCUAUAUCCCCUCGGUCCAUGGCGAUUUCGACACCGAUUUCCGCAAUUCGACGAGGGACGAAGAUCCUCACCAUGUGUGGGGCCCGGUAUCCGUUGAAGGCGUCAGACCCCGUGGGCCUAAGCCGCCCAAGGAGGAAGAAGAUGAUUUUGAAUGGGGAGUUGGUGAAGAUGCUGACUGGAUUGGGUUCCUUCCAAGCUUCAACGUGACUGGCACCGGCUGGUGGUUUCGCAAUUAUCUCUGGGGUUAUGCUCAGGGCACAUCGACCCCAAGGAGGGCCACUCUGAUUGCGCAAGGCAGAGUCAGUCGGCGCGUCCUGGAGAUCAUGAAUUAUGAAAACGCAGAGAACGGGCAUCACAUUGACGCAGAAAUGUUCCCCCAGACCAUGUGUCUCCACCAUGGGCUGAAAUCCACCACGUUUCCACACCCCAUCUUCGCCGAUCGAUUUUGGACUCCCGAAGCGUUGCAAUCAACGUUCAAUGGAGGACCUUUCGGCCAGGCCGGAGGCCACUGGAACAGCACAUUCAGCAAGUGGAACGAACAUGCGUGGACCAAUAUGACCUGGUAUUACAGCUCUGCUCAAGCAAUGCCGAUAUUCCAACGCCUUCUUGGUAUCACAGCGCUCGAAAGCGGUGGUCAGGAAUGGGAGGAUGUGUACGGCCGAACCGUUGUUCGCCCGAUGCUGCUUCAUCCCGUCAAGGGCGCGAAAACCUGGCAAUGGACCGAAGAUGGAUGGCAGCAGACUAAGGCUCGAACCUGAUCCAUCCGCCAGCAACUUUGGUUGUCACGCAAUCCGCCGGUCUUCACCUUUUGAUUUUUGCAUCAGCCCUGGAGUUUGGAGUUUGGAGAACCUGUUCGCGUCAGUCUGGCACUGCUUCAUCGAACUCGUCGAUCAUCUGACCCGCCUUCAAUACAAGUGGCUAUCGCAGAUGUCGACCGGAGGACAUUCCUUGGAAAGAGAAGUUGUACAUACCGGCACGACUGCUUAUUUCCCACGACGACUAGGGGACGUCAUCUCCCCCACGACAAAUGAGACACUGAUACAUACAUGACAGAGGACUUCCAGACCCAGGACAGCUGGAUAUGAGCUUUUUAUCAAGCUAUAGAAAGCAUCAGCUAAGCUGGAAGACUUGAGUACCUGAUAGAUAGACAUAUGAUCGGCCAUUAGACGGCCGGCACUAAUCAUAAUGUAAAUUUUCGCUGGC